GGCCAAGCUCUAGAAAGGGUGUCUUUGGUCCCACGAGCAUCCGCUGAGCUGCAGCCCGCCAUGAAGCUCAUCGCUGCCUUCCUGGUCCUCGGUGUGGCCCUGCUCAGUCACUCCGCUGUGGCCUUCUUUAUGGGCUCGGGGGCCAAGCCUGUGGCCCCAGUUGCAGCUGCCCUCACCCCUGGCCUGGACGUCGGGGCUGGGGCCCUGGAGGCUGGAGCUGGGGCCCUGGAGGCUGGAGCUGGGGCCCUGGAGGCCGGUGCUGGGGCCGUGACCAAGCCCUUUUUCAAGGGCUUUAACCCCUUGACGUUCAUACUGGCCAGCCUGGGCAUCCCCGUGGCGCAUCUGGUGGAGGGUUCCAGGAAGUGUGUGACUGAGCUGGGCCCUGAGGCCGUAGGGGCAGUGAAGUCUUUGCUGGGGGCUCUGACGUUCUUGGGCUGAGCAGAAGCUGGAGUAUCCCUGCCUGGGGACAAGAUGCUGCCACUUGCAGGCUGAGGACCUGCGCCAGCCCUUGCCCUCUCUCAAUAAACAUGGUUAAAAGCA